CGUCAGCAUUGCAGAGGAUGGGCUCAACUUCAUCACGGAGAAGAACCACGUCUGCAGAGGUGAGUUACACCAACAUUGGACGCAGAAGUUCGUGUGCUGACUGUAUGCCAUAGGAGAAUUGACGCUGGAGAAGGGGCUGUUCACUACAUACACGUAUAGCAGCCCCUUGCGGAAACCACGUAGAACGAGGGAGAAGUGUGAUGAGGAUUCGGACGAUACUGAUUACGGUUGUGAUUCAGAUGAUGAAGAUGAUGAUGCUGAGCCAAUUGACGCCAAGUUCAGCAUGGACCUCAGGUCUGUCGUGGAGUCUCUGUCACUGGUUAACAGGACACAGGUGUCGACGACUCAUUGUACAAUGAUCUAUCAAGGAUAUGGACACCCAUUUGUUCUGGUGUUUGAAGAUUCCAAGAUUACAGAACGGUGUGAAUUUGCAACGUAUGUAAACUUGGACCUUGAUCCUGAUAACUAUGGGUUCGACCUGAACCAAGAGGAGAUCCUGCUGGAAGGAAUCAUCAAGGCUGAUGUACUCUACGAUGCGCUGAAGGAUUUGAAGGACAUCAACACGGAGGAGAUAUUCAUCUACGCAUCAACGCGAGAUAAGACUAACAAUGUCAAAGAAAACGUACUGGCAAUCGUUGCUAAGAGUGAAAUGGGAAUAUCAACGUUCAACUUACCAAACGAUAGGUCAAUCUUGGAAAAACUACACAUAAAGUCGAGUGAGAAAGUUGAUGUUAGCUGCUAUAACGGUAUCCUGUUCUGUCUCGUAACGAGGGCCAUGAAGUUGAGCUCUAAAUGUAAGUUCAAAAGAGAUGAGUCUUUGCUAAGCAUAAACAUGUUGAGCACGUAUGGUAAUGAUAUACCAAAGGACUACUAUGGAACAGUGUUUGAGUUCAAACUCCUACAACAAAUGAGUGAUUGGCUAGGCACCAUAGAGGAUUACAUGAAGGAUCAUAGCCACAACCAAUCAGGACCACAACACAUUGUCCAAGUGCACAACCAAGGCGAGCACUUUGAGGAACUGGAGCAAGAUGACGACGAUGACGGCGUUGCAAUCGAUGUACCGGUGUUUUUAUAGACUACGUGAC